UUCUUCGGCGACUCUGUAUAGCAGCGCGCCUUGUUUACGUCUCUUUCUUUUUCUCUUUCUCUCUUUUUCGGGGGAGGCGCGCUCUCUACUCGUAAAAAAACAUCGGACCCUUUCGUUCCGCUGGGCUUUCCUCUCCUUAUUUUACGUGUGUCCGAAAAUCUCGUUCGAGACCUCUCUGUGUGCGUGUCCUCAAGGGGAGAGAUGCACACACAUCUCCGCGCCGCGGCUAUACCAUUAUAUUACGAGAGCUCGGCUUGAGAGAGAGAGAGAGAGAGAGAGAGAGAGAGAGAGAGAGAGAGAGAGUGAAACGACGACGAAUACCUAUUUCACUUUUCAACGGAUAUUUCUUGGCCCUUCGACCGUCGACUUGGAUAGUCACUCUUCUGCUGCGCCACGGAGAUCAUAAAAUUUAAUAUCAGAGAAAUAUUAGAAAAUGUCAUAAAGCAAACUCAUACAAAAUUAUAUAAGACUUUCUUACCAAACAAAAAAGACUGUUGACAAAAUAUUUUUGAAAAAAUUGUUGACUUCUAAAAGUAAAAAAUGUAUGCUACAUGCCGCUGUUUGAAUGUGUCCAUCAAAACUAAAGGAAAUGAAUUACAAAAUGUCAAUAUUGAUACUCUAGAACUAAGUGCAAGUGAGCAUGCUGAUGUGUUUUUUAAUAACAAUCUUGCUACGACAAAUGAGUUGGAAAAGAUCACAAAAGAGCAACCAGGCCUAGUAGAAGUUCGAAAUGUGGGUGCAUGGGCUAUUCAUCGAUGCUACAACUGUUUUAUGUUUACACAUGCAGUGCACAGAGAAUAUGGAGCUGCCUCGGUUUUGAUUAACACCAAUGUUAUUACAUCUGAUGAUGAAAUAGCACAAUUAAAAGCUAGUCCUAACUACAGUCCAGUCUUUAGGAUAGUAAUAGAUCACAGUAAAAUUGAUAAUCUGGAUUCACUUCAACCAUUAACUAAAUAUUCUGUAUCACAGUUAUCAAGUACCUUAAGAUUGGCUCUUGGGGGUUUAGAGCAACAACUGGAAGAAGCUAUUCAGAGGCAAGCCCUCCUGGUAGAUGAGAGAAUACGCGCAUUCACUCAGGAGCAGUAUCAAAUUUUAGAAGAGUUUAGGGAACGUGCUCAUAAUGAACAUGCUCUUCUUGCAAGAUUAAUCUAUAGUGAACAGCAAAACAUAGUUGGUUCUACCAAUUUAGAAACUCCACCUGCAACCCCUGAAACUGUCCAGCCAAGUAAACCUACCUCAGAAAAUGACGCUGUUGAUGCGACAGUGCAAUUCGAUUCUGGCAAUCCCGUGCUUCGUGAGCAUUCACCCUCAAAAUCAAACAAAGCUGUUCAUGCAAUUAAUGGUAUUCACAACAAUGAGACACGAACAAGGAAGUUGAGCAAUUAUGAUGGAGAAGCUUUAUUUAUGCUAGAAGGCAUGGAUGACACUCCAUUACCAAUAAGACAAUUGCAAGCUUCUGAUCAAGAAUCGGAUACCGACGAUUCUGGCAAUGAAGGAAUGCACAUACCAAGAAGUCAAAGGAGUGGUCAUCCAACGCUAGCCAAGUCGUUGCCUGUUACUGUGCCUACUUUUAAUACCUUUAGCCAACGUUUAAUGCAAGAUGACGAUGACGAACAGAUAUCUAGAAAUCCAAUUGAUCCUCAUAAUAUACAAGCUUCUAUAAAGGCCUUAGCCAAAAGCGUUCAUGGUGAUACAGUCUUUGGCGAUCUACCUCGUCCACGAUUUUCAACUCAAAUCUGACUUGACGAGCCUUAGGAUCGCUAUAAAGAUCCGAGAAAUCGGAAAUGUAAACAUGUGAUGUUAUUCUUUUUUUAUUACAAAUGACAUGUGUACGUCAAACGUUAAUUUUAGUUUUUUUGAUAUACGACAAAAUGACAGCAGCAUAUUAUAAAGUCGUAUUCUGAAAAACGACAAAUCACAUAUUUUAUUAUUAAGGAAAAACUGCUGUUAGUAUAGAUCUUAGAAAUUAUUUUCAAAAAUUUGUCAAACGCUACAAAGAAAGUCAGGUUAAUGAAGCGAAAGCGAUGUAUUCUAAGUGUUUUAUAUACUGUGCCGGUGAUGUAUAUGGAAGUAGCAUCUUGCUUGUUUUCAAUGAUGAUUGACUAUUUUUUUCUGAGUUAGUGAGUAUAGAAGUGUACGUUGAAAUAAUGAUACAACCCACCGUUUUUUUAGUAAGUUUAUAAGAAUAUUGAUGACUGUUAUAGAGAAAAAGAAAUUUAACCUCUUGUUUACAGGGACAGAGAUACCUUGAAUUUUUACAGCAUGUGUAUGUAUGAUAACAAAUUAUGAAGGGUUACUAUACUAAUUGUAUGAAGAUCUAUUUUAUAGUUUUUUUUUCAAUAAUAAGCUUUUAUCACAAUCAGCUUAUUAGGUGACUUACAUUUUGUAAACAACUGAAAACUUGUAAUCGUUUUCAUUUUAUUGUAUUAUUAGUAUAGUAUCCUUUCAAAAUUGAUAGAGAAAUUUAUUUUUUAACAAUUUCUAGUAUUGGGUGAUAAAAACAUUGUUAAUGAACUUUUUUUUUAAUAUUUAAUUGAAAUGACAUGAAUAUUUUUCUACUUAAUCAUUAAUAAAUUUAAUGACGUCCAUUCUAGAAUUUUGAUUCAUAUUGUUCUCGUUACUUUGUAGAUGAAAGAAAAAGUUUAUAUCUAAAAUUGUCAAUAAUUAAAUUUCAAAAAUCUGCGUCAUAUGAACUGUUUAAGGAUUACCUAUGGUCAAAUUAAGUUGUUUUUUUUCUUUUAUUGCUUUACUUUGCAAUCAUGCAUUUUUGCUUAUUUCUAACAGCUCUGCAUUUUUAACAUGUUUUUCACGGAUAAACCACUGAAUUCUUACUCAUUUUAUUAAAAUGUUUUUAAAGUAGACAGAAUUUAAGACAAAAAAUAUUUUUCAUACCUAAAAUUAUGUAAGAUAAAUAAUAAUCCGAAUUACGUAUAAUCGAUUGAAGUGUUCAAUGUCACACAAAUAUGCUAUUUGACUGUAGGUAUCCCUUAUUAAUUCCUAAGAUUUGUAAGGUGUUAACUUCACUUAAACAUAUUUUUUUCGUUAGCAACUCUUGACUGAUCCUCUAAUACUCAUAGCGAGAAACACAAUUACACACAUACAGAUACAAAUUGAAGAAGUUUAAGUCGCUAAACAACGAGUUAAUCGGUAUAUGUCCUGUAGGCCAAAAUAUCAAAUGUGAAUACAAUAAAAAAAAAGUAUGAAAAAUCCAAACAGGUUGAAGUAAUUGCAUAUCUUAACCGUUUGCAAGCUAUUCAUCGCGGAUAGGCUGAAAUAAAGCGAUUGUUAUAA